AUUCCAUCGCUAAAUCUCGACAGUGACCUCCUGCACAACCACGCCGGCAGCAGCGCCAUCUUUAACGAGUACUCCAGGCGUCGUGCCAGGUUUUACUCCCGGUUUGAAUGGAGUCGCCAGCGUGUUAACAUCUGCAACCACAGCCACGGUCACUAUCAGUGGCCCAGGGAGUACGACAACAUCGAAGUACAGCACCACCGUUACUGUUACGGUGUUAAUUCAGCCGCCGCAGACCGUGACCUCCGUCCGGACUGUGCAGGUAACUCAACCGCCGCAGAACAUCACCAGCAUUACGACCGUCCAUCCGAGCAAUACGACCCUUCCGACAACGGCGAUGAGCAUGCCGUGUAAUACUACCACGGCGGUGAACUCCACGACCACCUCGCCUAUUGCUUGGUCUAUUUGCGGCUUGGGAACGAUGACGAUGUUGCCGAAUGGCAAUGUGGUGACGAUCGUACUUGGCCCCAGCACCUCCUCGAAACCAACGUCAACUGCUACGACAAGUGCGCCGAUGAGCGUCAUCACGAUUACCACUGCUUCUUCACCACCCAUGACAACGGUGAUGCCAAGCGUGUACACGAUUACUUCUUCGCCGACUUCGAGUCUGGUCACCGUAACACUGACGGGCGGGACCUCUGGGCUGACGACUACCAUUCCUGGCAGCACGGUCACAAUCCCCCAAGGCGUCACCAGCGUGGUUGUGGUCUCGUCUCCCCCGAGUAGUGUGGUCUCGACUGUGCCAAUGAUUACCACCACCCUUCCCAAUUCCCAGACUACCAUCCCGGGCGCUACAGUGGUCACUCUGACGAUUAUAACUGGUCCGGCCGGCGUUCCAACCACAGUCAGCACACAGACGCCUUCCGUGACGACCUAUACCAUCACGUCUGGCGGCAACAUUCUCACCACUGUCGUCAGCUUCGUCUCAUCCUUGGUGAACGCUCCCCAGCUGACCACCAUCACCACCACUGCGCCAGCCGCCACAGUCGUCAGCAUGUCCACCGGGGUAGUCUCAGUCGUGAGCGUAAUCACCGCGCCGCUAUCAACCAUCACCUCACUGGGAGUCGUCAGCACCACCCUGCCAGUCACAAUCACGCAACCAGGGACAACCUUCACCAUCACCUCAACGAAACAAGGCUUCCUCGAUUCCCUAACAAGCAAGCUGCUCGGCGGGCCCGUGACAACCAUUACCUCCGUCGCCCAAGCGACUUCCAUCCUCGGCACCCCGACCUCCGUCACCCAACUCAUGACCCUCAUUUACGCCCAGCCGCCCACCACCAAGACCACGACCAGCACGCAGGUCACCACGCUCAACGGCUCCCGAACCUCAUUGCUAACAACCAUCACUACCGUCUCGCCCGUCCCCAGCACCGUCAAAGGCCCAACGACAAAAAUGGUCACGACGACUAUCAAAGGCAAGACCACCGUUAUCCCUAAAGUCGCAACCACGAAAAUCAAGCCCACCACCCUCAAGCCCAAAAUCACCAUCAAUAACAAGAAAAACAAGCCCAUCCCCAAGCCCAAACUCCCUCCCAAAGCAAAAGCCAAAGCGAAAAAGGCGCUGGCCAAGCUCAAACCCCCCCUCCCCAAACCCAAGGUCAAAAAGCCCAAGAAGCCCAAGAAACGCUCUCUUCCUCUUCAACUCUGAGUCGACACCGGUGCGUGCUUUGCGCCGGUCAUGUUGGAUUUGGCGUGCUGACUUGUUGCUUUUGGGGCUUUAUAGGUGCGCCUGGGACGACGUUUACGGUGAAGGGGGUUGGAGCUGGGAAGUUGGGUGCUCGGGCCACGAGGGCAGGUGUUGGGGCGGGUGUUGUUGCUUUUGGAGUUGCGGCGGUGGUUUUGUGAGGUGCUGGAUGAGAGCUUGGUUUUUAGGAUGUUGAGGUGUUGGCACUGACGGUGCCGGUUUGAUGUACCUGAGUAAUGAUGCUGGAAUAGAAGAAUGC